UACACAUGCGCACAUGAGUUUUCCUCUUUCUCGGUGGACACAAUGGCGGACGCAGAAAAAAAGGUUCCGGCGGUCCCUGAGAGCCUUCUGAAAAGGCGAAAGGCCUUCGCCACUAUGAAGGCCAUACGCAUCAAGAAGAUGCUGGCUGAGAAAAAGACCCGCAAAGUCACCAGGAAACUGAUCUUUAAGAGGGCUGAGUGUUACCACAAGGAGUACAGGCAAAUGUACCGGCGCGAAAUCCGCAUGAGCCGUAUGGCCCGCAAAGUAGGAAACUACUAUGUGCCAGCUGAGCCCAAACUGGCCUUCGUCAUCAGAAUCAGAGGCAUCAAUGGUGUCAGCCCCAAGGUGCGCAAAGUUCUGCAGCUCCUCCGUCUUCGCCAGAUCUUCAAUGGUGUGUUCGUCAAGCUGAACAAGGCUUCAAUCAACAUGCUGAGGAUUGCUGAGCCCUACAUCGCCUGGGGCUACCCCAACCUUAAGUCUGUGCGUGAGCUGAUCUACAAACGUGGCCAUGGCAGGAUUAGGAAGCAGCGUAUUGCCCUCACAGACAACGCCCUUGUGGAGAAGAGCCUUGGCAAAUGUGGCAUCAUCUGCGUUGAGGACCUCAUCCAUGAGAUUUACACAGUUGGAAAGAACUUCAAGGCUGCCAACAACUUCCUGUGGCCCUUCAAGCUGUCGUCUCCCCGUGGGGGCAUGAACAAGAAGACCACACACUUUGUGGAGGGAGGAGAUGCUGGGAACAGGGAGGACCAGAUCAACAGAUUGAUCAGGAGGAUGAACUAAAAUGACAAUGAUUUUAACAAGAUUCUUGGUCUGUACAAUAAAAACAAAAAAUCAAAGAA